UAGGAAGCCCAACGGUUUGGGCUUUUUUUGGAAGCCAAUUUGGGUUCCCUUCCUCUUAUUUGGCUCCGCCCUAAGUGGACCCACGGGAGCCAAUUUAUCGUCUAGUGGCGAUAUUUGAAAACACGGAUUUGUUUACGUUUCUAUCGAUAUGAUUUCAUUUGCGAAGGAAUGGAAUCAGAUUGAAAGAUGGAGGUGUUUGUGAGUUUGUUUUGUUUUGUUUUCACCCCGGUUCUGUAGCAAGUUCGUUUGAGAAGUAAUCCCCAUAUUAGAAAGUAGGAGAGAGAGAAGUAGGAGGUGUCAUUAUUUCGCUCACCAGAUGGCCCCCCUGGGUCCACUUGGAGGAUGCUAAAUCGGAGGAAAGGUGAGCAAAGUAGGCUUCACUUUUCCAACACGCGAGAGAUAUCCUUCCUUUGGGCUUCCUAUAAUAAAGUAGGCUAUGGCUAACCUCGUGUGUGAAAUUGAAGUUGAGCACUUGAGCUGUCCCAGUCGUUGCUUGUUACUUUGCUAAAUCAGUUGCGAAAAUCCGACAAGUUUCAUGAGUGAAUGUAUUUAAUGCCGUACUAAGAAAUAACUAUUCAUCAUGGUGAAAACAAAACCUACAAAACACAAGGAAGACAAUACGUUCAAGUUUAAAACAUUUGCUGAGCGGCUCUCUUCAGUGAAUGUUGAUGUCAUCCAUCGAGUCAACCUCAAACGAAAUGUUGUCCCUGAUGAGACAGAGACUUUCUUUUUCGAAGCUUUAGAAAAAUGGACAGAUCUAAACUGUACAGAAGGAUUUACCAUUUUCUGUAAGCGUGUAGGAAGAGAUGUUCAAAGCUUAGGUCAACUUCUUUUACAUGAAGAUAGAAUCCUAAAUUUGCUCUUGGAGCAUAUUGACAAAGAAAAUGUUCUUUUUCUGGAGCCAAUUUUAGACUUGGUGGUUGCUGUUGCCAAAGAUCUACAAUCAGAUUUCUACCCAAAGUUUCCAAACUUUUUCAGCAAGUUAGUUGAUCUUCUUCAAGUACGAGAACCUGAAAUAACAGAGUGGACUUUCACCGCUCUAGCUUAUUUGUACAAGAACUUGUGGAGAUUGUUAAUUAAAGACAUUGACAAUGUAUAUGGGCUUCUACUUCCACUUUUGGCCUCCAAUCAACCAGAACAUGUUCAGCAGUUUGCCACUGAAAGCUUCGCGUUUAUUGGACGAAAAGUUGGAGACCGAGCUGGAUUUGUGGAAUUAAUUUUCACAAAGCUUCGAGAAAAUGCUGGUGACAGCUUGGGUGUUGGUCAACUUUUGUUCCAAAUUGUAAAGGGUAUAAAGAAUCAGUUCCACACUUCAUUGGAAUUGUUCCUUCCCAUAUACUUCAAAUCUCUACUUUCUAUUGAACAAAAUGUUUGCAAUGACCCUGUUUUCAUUGCUGUCAAUCAUUGCUUCCUUCUAAUGGCAAGGCACACUUCUCAGCAACACUGUGCCAGAGUCUGGAUUCUUCUUUUGGCAGCGAUUGAUAGUUCUAAGAGACCAGGAGCUCUCGGUUUGUUACUUCUAUUCCAGCAAUGGGUAGAAUUUAGAGAAGGUGAACUAAUUACAGACACGCUUGCUGUAUCGAAGACUCUCGUGUCUCUCUUGAACGACCAACAACUGGAUGAAACAGAGCAACAAAGCGUGUCGGUAACUGUUGCGGAACUAAUGAAGUCAACUAAGGUCAGUUUACCAAUUGAACAGACAUCGAAACUUGGUCAUCUGGUUUUCGCUUAUCAUUGGAAACCUGAAAUUGUUUUGGAAUUUACUCUACAAGUGUCGACGUACGGCUUCUUCGAAUCCCAUUUGCUCCCACACUACAUCACUUUUUGUCACUCACUUGGCAAGAAAGAUCGAGAAACACGCUCGCAGUUAUUGAAAAACCUGGCAAGUUUGAUCUCCAUCAAAGCUUCCCUCCCGAAAAAUGGCAACGACAUGGACAACUUCAAGAUCUACCCGCUCGAAUUUACUUUUGCCAUGAGAAAAUCAUCGGAUACGGACAGUGUUCCUCAUCUUAUUCAAACUAUUCUAGAAGAAAAUUUAGAAGUAAUGAUCAACGAAGAUUUUCAAAUGUAUGUUAAUGCGCUGGUCUGUCUUCCCCAUCUUCGACCGAUUGAUUCCGUCAAAGCUAUCAAAGUUUUAAAAAAGAUUGUCAAAGAGAUAGCCGAUACGGUUGAAAGCAAUGCUGAAGAACCCCAUACUAAACGGGCGAAAACUACCCGCCCAGUGGAUUAUUCCGAGAGACUGGGUCUGGUAUUGAGUCUUGCCAUUCUAGGCAUCCGACAUUUUUCAUCGAAUUUGGAAAAGGAUGUCCCUUGGCAGAUGAUAAAAUCCGCCUUCCUCAACGAGACUAUGUCUACUAGCUUAUUUUAUCUACGUGCAGCAGAUUUUUAUUUGACAAGCCUUCACGAAAGCGGUAACGAAGAUACUUUUUCGUUGCAAGUCCUUUGCCAGGUCUAUGACGUCAUUGGCCAAAAUCUUGGAUCUCCCUAUCACGAGGUUAGGUUGCUGACGCUUCACAUCUUGUCGCUCUUUUCGCCCCCUAUGGCAGCUCCUCCGGAAAAUGUAAAUCCCACACCGGUUUUCCAAACCUGUCUCAAUGCAGAAUUGAUUUCUGCCGGCGUGCGAGAACAGCGUGAAAAACUUGUACAUCUACAAAAUUUGGAGGCCGAACGUGUGAUUUACAGCUUGCCUGCUGGUGGUCACUUCGCGAAAGCUCCCUUACAAUACUUGUUGAGCCAACUUUACAUCAACUUCCGACCACUCUGGGAGCCGGUCCUUAAACUCGUAGAGUCUCACGCUUUCAACAUGGAUUCUCCCAAGUUUUGGUCUGUGUAUUUACCUUUCUUGGAGCGAGUUCGUCGAUGCCAGGCAGAAGAAAUUCGUGAUCCCUCGGCUCAAAUGGAAUAUUUGAAUCUUGCAGUUACCGUUGAGCGAAUUGAUUUCACCAAUACUCGAUCCUUGGCAUGGUCUGGUCUUUCAAGAAUCGGGAACGUGGCCGAAAAAGAGCACGCGAUAAUCGUCCCUUUGUUCUUGCAUUUUUGGAACACUGAAUAUUGUGUAAACGACGGGAACAUCGCGCAAACCCAAGAUCUUACUGAUGGAGUUCAAGUGGAAUCAACUAAAGGAGAACGAGGCAAUAUUAUAAAGCUACUGUCUUCGUAUCUCUCCGUUCUGGCGUCAUUUCAGCAACCUCAGAAUAUGACUAGUGAACCGGAAGUAACCAAAAUUCUUCUCCGUUUGCUUUCCCAUCGUUCGGGUGACAUUCAAAAGCAAGCCCUGGACUGUUUGGUGGCGUACGGAUAUCCCUACUUGAUGCCAUACAAGGACAAUUUAUACCGAGUGCUUGACGACAAAUCGUUUCGGAAUGAAAUUACUUCUUUUUCUAUCGACACUCUCAGUUCGUCCAUCAAGUCCGAACAUCGUGCCGGUUUGACAUCCAUUCUCAUCAGGAUUUUAUAUGGUAAAAUGAUGUUCAAAGCUGGAUCCGGAUCAACUGGUAAAGAUAACAUCCAACUCAGACAAGCUGUUAUUCUUCGCUACGUUGCCGGCCUCGCCGAUUCUGAAAUCGAUGUAUUCCUCGAUUUGGCUUUCCAACUGUUUAGUGAGUUUACGCGAACGGAAGACGUCUACCAGCAUGUCGUCCGAACGAUGCGAGAAGCUGAUCCCAAACUUGCACUGCCCCUCAAACGAAUUCAAGGAGCUCUAGUUCUUAUGGGCACCAUUUUCUCCAAAUUGGGAAAUAUUAUGAAAUCCACUUUGCCGAAACUGCUACAUAUGUUACUGAACAUCAGUGCUCACAUUAUGGGAAUGCUCGAUAAACGAAAUGAAGUGGAAGCGAGGCAUAUCGCACAGUUGAAGAAUUUACGAACGAUUGGAUGGCAGCGAAUCACACAGUUUUUCAAGAAGUUUGAACGGUAUCCUUGGUCAUCAGCCGAAAUUGAAGCCGUUUUCCACGUGUAUAUUUGGCCUCAACUGGAAAUGUUGUCCGAUCAAGCUUUUUCUGGUGUUACUCCAAUGCUUCGCUUAUUUCAAGUGUGGUCUGAAAAUCCGAGAUACUUUGUUCUCUUCGGUAAAGCUCACCCAGAACGCCCGGAACUUACCGUUCUACAACCUAUGCUGACAUUACUUUCUGGUGGCAAAGCGGUGACCUUGGUUUGCUCAUUUCUUAUGGACAUAGUCGACAAGUUGGUCACAACAGCGGAUUAUGGGACAGUGGUUGAAGAGGACGACGAUGAAAAAGAAGAGCCAAUUUACAUUAAACCCGCUUUUUCAGUGGAAUGGGAUUCUCCGUUGGAUUCGAUGGUGGUGGAUGAUGUCGGCGAGGAGACGAAGCCUAAUCACGGUUCGAAGCUCCUUAUUCCCCACAUGUCUUUGGUGCUGGUUUAUCUCCGCAAGUUUAUCACUCACGGGUUAAAUGGAAGGGAUUUGAAUGUACUUAUGCGAAUAUCCGAAUACGUCAACGAACCCCAACUGAGCACUGAGCUCGCACGGAUGAUUAUUCCAGCUAUCAAAGUCGCCGUAAAUCGCAAUCGCAACAGUUCAAAUCUUGAGGAGAAACUUCUUCGAUAUCUGAGUACUUUAGCUAAUUUAGUAAAGACUGCCAACAACCCACAGGAGUUUAUAGGGGCGUUAUCUGCGCUAUUUGGGACUAUCGAAGGAAGAAAUGUCCGACACAGUUUGUGUAAAGUUAUGGAAGUCAUAUGUGUACGAGAUUCUUCACAAGGAUCUCUCGGUGAAUUGGUGUCGUCGAUGAAUAAGUGGGAUCCUCAACGUCUUGAAGAGCCCGAUUACACGCAUCGUCUGAAAACACACAAAGAAAUCAAUGUUGUUCUCGAGACUGGAACACCCUCCUUCGAAUGGGCAGCCUUGGCAUUGUAUAAUUCGUUCAACUUCAUCAGAACGGAACCUGAUUCCUCGUUGAUCGACAAUGCUUCGUUGACUCUUCAAAUUAUGACAAGUGCCUUUGACCGUUGGAAUUUUGGCAAGACUUUACUGAAUGAGCAUUUUAUACCUCAGCUGCGUUUACUCAUCCGCUCCCCCAAGGAAACAGUGCGACACGAAGGUGUCUCAAUCUUAAGCAAAGCGGUUUCAAAUUGCGGUUCAAUGAAUGCAUCGCUUAAUAGUUUGCGAAAAAUUAGGAAAGAGGGAGAUGUUGAAGUUGAUUUUUUCGAAAACUGUCGUCAUUUGCAGACUCAUCGACGCUCACGUGCCUUACUUAGAUUGUCAGGUCUUUUAAAAAAAGAUAAGACGUGCAUAAAUGGCGAAACCAUCACUCAGUAUCUUUUACCGUUGGCUUCCUGUUAUCUCUUCAAUGAAGAAUAUGCCAAGCAUAAUCACUUGAUAGAUGCUGCACUUGAGUGUCUGCAGGCCAUCGCUCGGUGUCUUUCUUGGCAGAAUUAUGAAAGUCUUUUGCGCUUUUAUUUGUCCAACAUGACUCGUCAAAUUGAAUAUCAGAAACAAGCUGUUAAAGCUGUUGUGGCGAUUCUAAACGCGUUUCAUUUUGACUUGAAGAACUCAAAAUUUAAAUCCUACUAUGCUGCCAAAGCUAUAGCCGCCCAAACAUCUGAAGUUCAAGCUUCUGUUCCUGAAGUGCCUGAUGUUCCUGACACUCCAAAAGAAUCUUCCGUUGCUGCUGUUGUCGAAGAUGGCGUGGUGCCACCGACUACUGAGAAUGAGAGCGCCGAUCACCCAGAUGCUAGUUCUGAACUACCGGAGAUGGUACCCGAAGCAGAAGAAAAAUCUUCGCUCAAUGAUGCUAUGGCAACAAAAAUUCAUUCAGUCAUUUCACAACAACUUCUUCCUGAACUGAAUGCCAUUCUCACCGCACGUUCAACUCGAGAGAAGCAACACAAGACUGUUAAGGAUCACUACCCAGAGGAUGAUGAAAUCUUGCGAGUUCCGAUUGCAUUGGCCCUCGUUAAUCUCCUAAAGAAUCUUCCACCAGGAACGUUGGAACGUAGUUUGCCUGGAAUGUUUUCAAAGGUUUGUACCUUCCUCAAAUCACGCUGCAAUAGUGUGCGUGAAACCGCCCGCGAAACUUUGAUCGAGAUGGUGAUUUCCCUUGGCCCGGAAUGCCUCAGUGCGCUCAUGGAUGCUGCCUAUCCCAUUCUUCAACGGGGAUAUCAAGUUCACGUUUAUAUUUUCACAAUGCACGCUAUACUGGCCAAGUUGGGUGAAAUAGGCCAAUUGAAAGCUGGAUCUCUAGAUGCAGUUGUAUACCCACUAACAGAGUUGUGUAAAAAAGAACUCUAUGGUGACACGGCAGAUGAAAAAGAAGUUGAUAAGAUUGUCAGCAAGCUUAAAGAAGCCAAAGGAGUGAAAGCCUUUAACACACUGCAGAUCAUUGCGAAGAACGUCUCUCAGUCAUCUCUUUUGCGAUUGAUUGUCCCUUUCAAAGACAUCCUAGCUUCGACAAAGUCGUUGAAAAUGACCAAAAAGGUCGAGGAAUGCCUUCACAAUGUUGCCUUAGGCCUUGCUGCUAAUUCCGGGCUGUCGAUUGAGCCAUUGCUAAUUUUUAUUCAUGGUGUGAUUUCAUUGUCUAUCCCGGAGUUGAGACUCCCAGUCCAACGUGUGCAACAAGAUCCAAAUAUGACGGCUUCGGGUCGACCUAUGAGAACAGAUUCACUAGUACUUGCUCCUGUUCCUAAAAGAAAAGUUGCUGCUGCGGCGCUUCCGUCCGUCACUGGAGCGUCAAAGUCUGCUUACAUAAUCAACAGCCACAUUGUGAUUGAAUUCGGCCUUCUCAUCUUCAGUCUCAUCUUGAAACGCGAAAAAUGCCAUGAAAACGCCAGCACCAAAGUCAUCCCCAUGCUUGACCCCAUUGUGCCAAUAGUCUACAAUAACCUAAAUGACCCUCAUUCCAAGCUGGUGGCGUUAUCUUUGAGAUGUAUUUGCACUUUGCUCCGGAUACCACUACCUAGCAUAAAUGAAUAUGCGCCCAAGAUGUCUACAUCUAUUUUUGGUCUUCUACAUAGGUAUGCUGGUAGCACAGCAGGUGAAAAUUUAGAAAUGGUGCAAACCGCGUUCAAGGCGAUUUCCAUCUUGGUUCGACACGUUACAAGCCACAGCAUUGAUACAGAUCAGUUGAGAGUUUUACUGGUGUAUUGUGAACAGGCCUUGUUCGACCCCAAACAGCAGUCGAUUGCGUUUGGUAUGUUGAAGGCAAUUGUGAAGAGGAAAAUGACUCUAGAAGAAUUGCCUGAUGUGAUGUUACGAGUCGCGGAGCUUAGCGUCAAAGCCGAAGCCGUACCCGUCCGUGUACAAAGUCGAAAAGUUGUUUUGCAGUACAUGGUUGACUAUCCACUUGGAAAAAAGUUGAUGCGUUAUGUGGAGUUCUUCCUCAAACAACUAGACUACGAAAAAGAAUCUGGAAGAUUAUCUGCCAUUGAGUUCCUGGUCUCCGUCUUCAAUUCUUUCCCGAAAAAUUUUCUCAGUCAACAAAGCACAUUCUUUUUGGUCACCAUGAGUCCAUACUUGAUAAACGAAACCUCAUCCAGUUGUGUUAAAGCUGUGGCUGCUGCAAUCAGGAUUCUGAUUGAGAGGCUUAAUACUCCCACUGCAACCACGCUCUUCGAGAUUUGCCUUGCUUGGCUAAGAGGUCAAAACACUUCGCACAAACGCUUAGCCGUUCAGCUUUGUGGUAUAUUUGUGGCAGCUGAAAAGUCUGGCUUUGAAUUCCGCAUGAAAGAGAUCCUACCGGAAAUAGUUAAACUGUUGGAUCAAACCCACAGCGAUUCUGAUGGUCGGGAAGAUCGUGAAUCUGACCUGCUACUCAUCCAGACGCUUUACACAAUUAUCAAAAUGACUCAACAUUGCGCUGCCGGCUUCCAAAGUGAAGACAACAAAGAUUUUUCAGAACCAAUAUGGGAAAAGAUCAUUCACCAUUUAUCGCAUCCUCAUUUUUGGAUCCGCACGCUGAGCUCCAGACUCGUAGGCACUUUACUCGGAUGGCAUAAGCCUGAAGAAUUAGCCGCAUACGUAGUGAAACCUUCUGAAGAAGUGACUCGUAGUUAUUUUUUCUGUGGCGAAAUAUCCAAACGACUUCGAUCACUUGCAAGAGAUUUAGUUAUGCAACUGCAGUCCGAGAUGCUAGACAAUCAGUUGGCAGAUCAAGUCAUCAAGAACUUGGUGUUUAUCGGCAAAGUUGCAAACCGCAUUCCAGUAUCGGAAGAAUCCGAAGAAGAAUCCAAGAUCAAGGCUCCAACGCUUGCUUGGUUGACCGGUAAAUUGAGACGAGAAGUUAACGCUGAAGUUGUUCUUCAUCCCAAAACACCUACCAAGCGUCUUGCCGUGUUCAAAUGGAUGGCGGCUGUAGCUGUGGACUUGAAUCAAGUUGCUGGAAAAGAAGGACUUGAGACGGUCUUAAAGUUUUUCGUUUCGCCACUUACGCGCGACAUCAACGACGAUGGAUCCCCUAAGGAAGUCAAGGACUUAGCGCAUGAAGUUUCAGAGCUUAUAAAAGGAUUGGUUGGUACGGAAAUGUAUAGUGAAGCCGUGGUGGCUGCUAACAAAGUUUUGGCUGUUCGCCGAAGAGAUAGGCAGGCAGUCCGCAAGGCGGAUAGCGUGAUUCGUCCCGAGAAGGCGGCUCAAUUGCGCAUCAAGAAGCAUUUUGCCAAGAGGGUUGCAAAGAAAGUCAAGAUUGCUAGACUGAAGGGUGUCAAACCUAAACUAAAGAAUUUGGCGAUGAGAAAAAUGACCAUAAAAAAAUAAUGUUGCUUUCUUAGUUCCAUUAUUUUGCAUUACAGGAAUAAUUUGACAUCGUCGAUUUGCAAAAGAAAAAAAUGUUUUUGACUUUUGUUUCUCGUGUAUAAAUACUGACUUAAUAAAAAAAAUUUCCCCCUA